AUUAAACCAAUGCAAUUCAAUCGAAACUCCAAAGAAGACUACCUUAAUGUCUAUGCCAACAAACUCCUAGCAAAGGCAUCCAAUAUUCAUAUGAAACCCACUGAAUUUAAGGCUCCUGCCAGGAGAAAGAGCAUGAUUGAUUCCUAUGUACAUUCCUUAAAUAAUGACACAGAUCAAUGGACUGAUAGAAUUAAAAAAUCAAUCAUCGAAAAAAAUAGGUCAUGCAGCAAUUUGCAAGAUUAUUAAGAUGAAUUCAAUGGAUCACUUCAAUAAUUACAAUCUUCACAAUUCACCAUGAUGAAUCAGAACUCCAAACUCAUUAUGCUUAAGAUCGAAAAAAAACUGAAAAACUUUAAGUUUGCCAAAGAGAAUAAUCACAACUCAUGUACCUCUACGGUGGCUAAAAUGAAAUGUUUUUGCUUAGAUAACCAAUGCUUUGAUUUCUAUCGUUGUACCGAUCUCCUACUACUUAAAUACUUAAUUUAUGUACUACUUCAAGAAAUCAAUUCAAACAAUGAAAACUCUUCUUCUUUCUAAGAUUAAAUCUUACCAUCUCAAAAAAGUGAAAUCAAAGAUACAAUUGCAGCUAUGCAAAAUACUAUAGAUGUCCUAAAAAACCAAAAACUUUUUGAUAAGAAUAACGGCAAUCCUAUUGAAGAUCUAAACAGGCAAAUUAAAAAGAUCCAAAAUGUCAUAGGAUCUCAACAAAUACCCUCUUCUAAUUAUGAUGUGUUUACAACUCCUUAAUCCAAUAUCAAGUAAAGGGAAUUUGUCUUUUAAUCAUCAAGUGCCACACAAAAAAGAGAAUAAUAUUAGAAUUCACCAUCUAUUAGUUCCUAAAAAAUUAUUCAAUUUUAAAUCGACGAAUUGCAGAUGAAAAAUGAGGCCAUUACUAAAUUAACCUCUAAAAAUAAUGAUCUAGAACUAGAACUUAAAAUGGUUAAUAAUUAACUGACUGAAGCUUUAAUGAAUCUAUCCAUCUCACAAAAGUCGCUAUAGAAUAAAGAUUAAGAAGUAAGCACAUUUUUAAUUAAUGUAGCUCAAAGAUCUAAUAAGGAAAACUGAAAAGUUGUUAGAAACAACCAGUGUCGCUGUUAAAGAGAAAGAUCAACUCUAAGACUAUUAUAAAUCUGUAAGGAAUGAUCAUGAACAACUAAAAACCAAGUUUGAUGAUUUGUAAUUAAUUGGAUUUAAUUUAGAUAAAAGUCCAAUCAAAGUAUUUUAAAUGAAUGUACAAUUUUGAAAAAAUCACUGAAUGACUCUGUUGAAUCAUCUCAAUAGAAAAUUAAAAACGAGGAAUAAAAAUUAUAACAGGAUUUGAUUCAAAAAAAUAAACAAAUAGUAAUUAUAUUUUUAAUAAAGAUAGAGAUAAUUGUCUGAAGAUGGCAAAAUAUUAGGUCAAUAUUUGAAAGAUAUUUCUUCCAAAAUCCAGUAGGUUCCUUCAGAUUAAAUUCCGUAACUUCUCUAAAUUUUGUAAAGGGAAUUAUAAUAAAAGGAAAGUUUUAUUAAUUCAAAAUUAAAUAAUAUGCAUCUCGCAUAAAUUGAUCUCGCAAAAUCAAACAACGCUAAUAAUAAAGAUAAAAAAUCAAGAAAAUUUAUGAGUUCCCACAAUUAACUGAUAGAUUAAUUAUAGUCAUUUUAAGUACAUUCGGAUAUGAUAGCAAUGAUGAUGGUGUAAAGUGAAGUUAUUGAAAAGUUUUUAAAUUGA